UUUGCCUUCUACCCUUUUUGGUGGUAACUUAAUACAGAUCUCGGUAAUUUCGUGCGGCGUUACAUUAUUGAAUUUAAGUGCUAGUGACGUGCCCAUGCAUAACAACUUUAGGAUGUAUCAUCAACAAGAAGCUGGCAAAAAUGCGCCUGUAGUUUUAGACGUCAUUCCGCCUCAUUAUAAUGUUCAUCACCAUAAUCAGCCCAGCCCGCCGCAAUCGCCCAACAGUACGCAGCAUUAUAAAAAAGAGUGCAGCAGCCCGUUAUCGUCGGAAUCGAAACUAAACACGUCAUCCACAAGUCCAGUUCAAUCCGAUCCGAAUAUUCGGCGGUAUCGUACGGCGUUCACAAGGGAACAGCUAGGAAGGCUAGAGAAGGAAUUUUAUAAAGAAAAUUACGUUUCGAGACCACGAAGAUGCGAGCUGGCGGCGCAACUUAAUUUACCUGAAAGUACUAUAAAGGUUUGGUUCCAAAACCGUCGCAUGAAGGACAAGAGACAACGGAUGGCGAUCGCGUGGCCCUACGCCGCAGUGUACACGGACCCUGCGUUUGCCGCAUCGCUACUACAAGCCGCCGCGUCCACCUUACCGCUACACUACCCCCCUCCGCCACCGGUCUACCCUCAUCACUACCCGCGCUACAACCCCUGGGGCCAAGGAUUCGGACUACCCCAAACCGGCAUCCCCCUCUCAAACCCAUCCCUAAAUCUAAAUCAAAACAUUAACGUGCCUCAAAACAUGCCACAAACCAUAACUCAACACUCCCUACCUCAAGCGCUCAAUCUCAACUUGGGAUUGGACUUUUCCCCGUACCCGUCGAUGAAAUUGGACGCCCACGCGAAAUUAUCGCCGAGAGUCUCACCGGUACAUUCAGAUAUUAGUCUCAGCCCUCCGGCGCCCGAAGGUUUACUCAUAGCGGCCAAGGACCACCAUACGAGCAUCUCCAUGCCGGAAAAACCUAAACUGUUCAAACCUUACAAAUCGGAAACUUAAAUCCGUAGAUACCUUUUAUGUGUUAAGUUUGUUAAAUUAUUAAAUUGUAUAGUUGUGUAUUAGUCUAUUAAAUAAUAAGUUACCUACUUUUUGUACAGCGAGUAUUAUUAAGUUAUUUGACGAUGGCGAUCU